AUGUCAUCCGCCCUCGCCUCCCAGGCAGGCCAGGUCCUGCGUGAGAUCUUCAAGAUCCCCUCUCGAGCCCGCGAGCAGGUUGGCCAGAGCUGGCGAACCCGUUUCUGGCAGACUGAACGAUCAAAGAAAGAAAUCCUCGUCACCUCACUCAACAUCCAUCGACCAAUCUGGAUCACCGGCACUGCCGGCGCCUACACUACCGCGUAUGCGUGUCUUAUGGUUAUGAGGUGUCUGAGAAAAGUGCGGCCUUAA